UCCAUAACUAACUAAAGAAUUCACCCCACUGUCUAUAAAAGCCCCUCUAAAACCCUUCAUUUCCUCCUCCCCUGCAUUAACUUGAAAACAAACUCAAACAAAAAUUACUCUAAAGACAGAGAAAGAAAAUGCUUACCGAGAAGAAGAAUCCACUCCCAGAAAUUCCUACCAUCCAAGAACAAGAAGCAGAAGAAGAAGAAGAAGAGCUCCUCCUUCUUCAAGAAACCGCUACCAUGGACUCCUCCACCUUCUUUAAAGACGAACCCACCGCCACCACCACUACUGGCUUCUCUAACCUCCACCUCACCAACCACCAUUCUUGCUCCUCCUGCGGUUGCAAUGAAAACUCCGCCUCCGCCACCCCCUCCUCCUCCUCUGCCACUCUCAAACGUUCCUCCUCUGAAUCCAACACUCUCCAACCCAGUUCCAAGAAACCCAACAUCAACCCCACCUCUCUCUUUGGCUUCUCCAAGAUUCCUCACACUACUACCUCCGCAAUCACCUCACCCUCUGUCUCGGCCCCGGCUCCGAACACAUCUCCGAGCCAUCCUUUUCUCCGACGCUGCGUUUAUGAUCUCGGAGACCCACUCCCUACCCAAGUAGCGGCUGAAACACCUCAGUCGCCCCAGUCACAGAAUGCGAACAUGUUGUGCCCAGGGACUCCGUUGUCGGCGGCGAAGUUUCCGCCUAUACCAUCGACUUUAAGGCGGUCGGUGUCAGACCCCAAUCCGUCUCCGGCCCCUACGUUUUCCAGUUCAUGCGACGGCGUGGGAGAGUACCAUGUUCCUAAUGCAGAGUGGGCGAGGAAGUUUAGUAAUUGUAUGAAGGAAAUGGCUCGAAAAUGGGAUGAAUUGCUUGGUUUUGAAGAAGAUAAGGGCGGGGAAGAGAACCACAACCGAAGCUACAGCAACGACGUUGAGAACAACAAUGCAUCAAUGGAUAAUUGUGGGGAAGAUUUUGUUGAAGCUGUGACGGUGGAGAAGGCCGGCAAGUGUUUGAUUAUCCAUUUCAAGUGUCCUUGUGGCAGAGGAUAUCAGAUUCUACUCUCAGGGAAGAACUGUUACUACAAGCUCAUGUAGACUGCUGGUAUAAUGUUGGCUGCUGGUGGUAUUGAUUUUGACUACUGAUGGUUGAUGAUAUUGAUUCUUUGAAGUUACUGUAUAAUGUUGGCUGCUGUUAGUAUUUAUUUUGAUUACUGAUGGCUGAUGAUAUUGAUUCUUUGAAGUUACUGGUACAAUGUUGGCUACUAGUGGUAUUGAUUUCUGAAGAUACUGAUGGAAUUGGUUCUUUGUCUUGAAGUAAAACUCAUUGGGGUGCAAUUGAUUCUGUAUUUUGAAGUCAAGUUUUUCAAUGUGACUGCUUGGUGUAGCUGAUGCAGAAGUUGAAUUGUAAUUACUUGUGUAUUUUGAAGUCAAGUUUUUUAAUGUGACUGCUUGGUGUAGCUGAUGCAAUUGGUUCUUUGUCUUGAAGUAAAACUCAUUGUGGUGCCAUUUUAUAAUUUCUACCUUAGCAAUGCCAUUUUAUA